AUGGCCCCUGUAACGAUCAUAGAAUCAUUUAGAAAAAAUCUACCGGUAUAUCCUGAAAAGGAGGUGGAUAACAACUAUCGACAAAUCGGACCUAGUAGUAUGUCUACUGCCAGAACCAGGGCAACCCCUGCAUUUAUCGUGGAAGUGCCCCAGGUACUCACAGCCCGAGCAAAUGCCUACCUAUCAGCCAUUCGAAACUUACCGUUCUCCCCACUCAAUUCAAUGAUGCCGUCAAAGGACGACACUAUAUAUAUGCACACUGAGGCAGAUGUUCUUCGGGCGAGCUGCCUGGACCUAAUAUAUCCUGUGAACAAAGCACUUUGCCAAAUCCUGAACGAGCGGGAAAAGAUCUACUGUAGAGGGGAAACGACCAUUGGCCGCAGCCGUACCGAUUUAAUGUGGUCAUACCAACUUGAUGGUCAACCUCAGCCUAUCAACUUUGCGGUUCUGGAAUUCAAAAACACUAAAGUUAUUCACGCAAACGAUUUCCUGCCGGGUAUUACCUUGCCAGAAGGGGCAAUGAAGGUGGUAGACACAGCCAGGAGUCAGAUAUAUCGUACACAUCUGCGCAAUAACGCAGUGCCUAUCUCACAACAAUUAAAUAAGUAUGCGAAAGACGCUGCGGUUACCGACUUGGCGGUGUUUGACUGGUCUGCCAUGUUUAUAUUCGAUUUGACUGACGCUAAUUACGAUUCUCAAACGCCAGCUUUAGCCAAAGGCACAUUUUUUCAGGAGAACGCAACUAAUGUCGGGUUAGGUGAAACGUUCCGGGUGCUGCUGUUGGGAUUCUUGCUCCGAGCGCUUGAGAGGAAGUGGGUUGUACGCCGGGGUUAA